ACUGACUGAGCAUUUUAACCUUGGACAAGAGAGAAGACAAACUCCAACAUGAGCCAAAUUGGACAGAAUAAUAUGAGAUACAAUGGAUCCUUAAGUAAAGAGAAGAAUUUGAGGAGGCGACAGCAUGGUUCAAGUUCAGAACAGGAUAAUGACCAGUCAGAGACAGCAAGCAAAAGACUGAAAAGAGAAGAUAAUGUGAAAUCCAGCUGCCAACGGUGUGAACAACAUGAACGUGAACAUAAAGAAAGAAUGACUGAGAUGGAAACAUUUUACAAAGAGAAACUUCAGGAGGCAAGAUCUGCCCUGAAACAAAAAGAGGAAGAACUGAAAUCAUUCAAAGACAGAGUUGCACCUGACUUGGCUCUUUCAAUAAAGACAGGAGACACUGAGAGCAUGAACAACCCAGUCAGUAAAACCAAACUGACAGAGAUGUAUAACAAACUGAAACUGCUGCAGUGGCCUAAAAUCAAAGAUCAUCUGAAAUCUAAUGCUGUGAGCAGAGAGUUUACCAGAGAUCUGACUCAGAAAAUGUUUAAAGAUGCAGCAGAAGAAAUGGAGAGAAAGAAGAAGCAGAUAGAUGAAGUGUUUGGACUGACUGAGAACAGCAGUGGACUAACACCUCAGAAGGUCAAAGAGUUCAGACAGUUAACAAUUCACAGUCUUCAGAUGAAUCUGUACCACAGCAGGAAAGAAGAUCUUCUUCAGAGUCCUUUCCUUGAUGAUGAAGCUCAGUACUCCCAGAAUGUGAUGGAGAACUUCAGACUUCUGGCCUCUGAAUGCUACUGGUUGGGUUGUUUGAUGGCUUUAAACGAUCCUCCUCUUCAGCCGGACUGGGAGAAUCAUGUUCCUGGGAUGGACGCUUGGGACAUUUUCCCACGAAACAUCAAGUCUGUUUAGAUCAUGAAGAGGAGACAAUGAAGUCAGCAAUGAUGAGAAAAUCUGAGUGUUUGUCAGGGAUCAAACAUUAUUCUCUCAUCUCUUAUUAUCCAAAACAUGCAUGGUGUACUUUUUACUGUUUAUGUUUCAUUUGUGUGAAUUAUUAAUCAAGUCUCCAAAUUGUGUUUCCUCACAGUUUGGCUUCAGAUAAGUUUCCUUUGGAUUUCUGUG